UAGUGGUUAAAUUGGAUUUAAAAGACUAAACUUGUCUUGUCUUGUGUGCGUUUAUUAUCUCAGUUAUCCAGUUUAACUCAGUUGUGAACAGGAGUUUGAAAAGAUAAAUAAGGAAUAAACAGGACAGGGCGUGCUGGUGCAGGAAAAUAAACAACGACAGGGUGGUGUGAAGCCACGAGGUUGAUUAUUUUCCUAUACCAGCACUUCUCUUAGUGUUGUAUUCUUCUACUGCAGCGAUUUGCCAAUGAUUUACAUUUUUUAUCAAGUAUGUUGUUCUUUUUCGAGAUAUGAAUUAGAAUGCCUUUGUCAGUGUACACCGUCCACCCAUUAUCAGUCCCCACUUGCUUGCUCACUCGGUGUAGUGGCUGCUGCUUUAUGUCCCGGGGCUCCCUCAUGCCUGUGUUCCCUUCUGGCUCUCCCCUUUUAGUUAUGCGGUCAUAGUUAGUUGCCGGAGUCCCUGCUUGUCCUCAGUGCAAUUGUUAGGUAUACCCAGUGCAACACUGGGUAUACCUAACAACCUGUGUUUUCUCUCUCUUCUCCCCCCCCAAAUCUGUCCCUCUGAGUUACAUGUCAGUCCUGGGAUCGAGAUGCUGACCUCUUCUGCUGCUUGGGCCUGCCUGAUCCAUCCUGGUGCCCUGUGUCUGGUUGGAGUCUUAUCGCGUCACUCCUGUGGAGGACAGCCCCAUGUGGGCAGUUGGGGGUUGCGCCUGGAAGACGCUCUGGACUCUUGCAGUGGUGCUUUUGUGGCUGGGGACUGCAGUUGAUUUGCUGACUUUGGGACUACAGUUGUCGUGAAUGGUUUUGCGCUCGGGUUUCCGUCGGUGGGGGGUUUAUAGUUUAUAGCAUCAACGAAGCUGACUUUAUGUUCUCAUCUCAUUAUCUCUAGCCGCUUUAUCCUGUUCUACAGGGUCGCAGGCAAGCUGGAGCCUAUCCCAGCUGACCACGGGCGAAAGGCGGGGUACACCCUGGACAAGUCGCCAGGUCAUCACAGGGCUGACACAUAGACACAGACAACCAUUUACGCUCACAUUCACACCUACGGUCAAUUUAGAGUCACCAGUUAACCUAACCUGCAUGUCUUUGGACUGUGGGGGAAACCGGAGCACCCGGAGGAAACCCACGGGGAGAACAUGCAAACUCCACACAGAAAGGCCCUCACCGGCCGCGGGGCUCGAACCCGGACCUUCUUGCUGUGAGGCGACAGCGCUAACCACUACACCACCGUGCCGCCCCUGACUUUAUGUUAGGACUGUUAAUGUUAGUCAUGUUGUCUGUUGUUGCCCAAAUGAGGAUGGGUUCCCUUUUGAAUCUGGUUCCUCUCGAGGGUUUUCCCUCAUGUCGUCUGAGGGAGUUUUUCCUUGCUACAGUCACCACAGGCGUGCUCAUUGGGGAUAGGUUAGGGAUAAAAUUAGCUCAUAUUUUAAGUCGUUCAAAUUCUGUAAAGCUGCUUUGCGACAAUGUUUAUUGUUAAAAACGCUAUACAAAUUGACUUGACUUAUCUGUAAUCGCUUAUCCUGUACAGGGCUGCAGGCAAGCUGGAGCCUAUCCCAGCUGAUUAUGGGCGAGAGGUGGGGUACACCCUGGACAAGUCACCAGGUUAUUGCAGGGCUAACACAUAGAGACAAACAACCAUUCACACUCAUGGUCAAUUUAGAGCCACCAAUUAACCUAACCUGCAUGUCUUUAGACUGUGAGGGAAACCGGAGCACCUGGAGGAAACCCAUGCAGAGGACCUGCAAACUCAACCCAGCACCUUCUUGCUGUGAGGCGACAGUGCUAACCACUACACCACCGUGCCGCCCGUCAAUGUACACAGUACAACGAAAUUGAAGUGCUUCAUCUGAUCACGAUUAAAAAACACAUUUAUAAACUAGACAUAAAACCAAUAAUUAAAAAUAUUAAGUGAUAAGUUAAAGGUCAUUGCACUUAAUGUGUGAAGUCGUAAGUCAUGUGUUUGCAGCAUUCACAGUUCUGAUGGCCCAGAGAAAGAAACUGUUUUUGAAUCUGUUUUUGCUUUUCAAGCUCCUGUAGCGCCUCCUUGAGGGCAGGAGAGCAAACAGUUUGUGACCAGGGUGCCAAUUGUCCUUGAUGUUAUUGUUGGCUUUGCUAAGGCACCGUGAGUUUGAAAUGGUUUCCAGAGAAGGCAGGGAACAGCCACUAAUUUUCUCUGCUGUUUUAAUGACCUUCUGGAAGGCAUGUCUGUCUGCUGCUGAGCAGCCAGCAUACCCAACUGUGAUGCAGUAUGCCAGCACAGUCUUGACAGUAGAUUGUAGAAUGUAGGUUGUAGAGAAUCUAAAGUGCAGAUUCUCUUUUAGUUUGGCUUUCUGUAGCAGCCUCAGGAAGUGCAGCCGCUGCUGGGAUUUCUUAACCACCGUCUGAGUGUUUACCAACAAGGAGAAGUCCUGUGAGAUCGUCGUCCCCAGGAACUUGACGGUUGAGAGCCUUUCCACUUCUACCCCAUUUGUGAGGAGUGGGCAGGUUCAUUUCUGUGUCUCUUGAAGUCAAUAAACAUCUCCUUGGUUUUGUUGGUGUUCAGUGCCAGGUUGUUGUUUGCACACCAUACGGACAGCUUCUGGACCACGUUCCUAUAUGCUGACUCAUCACCUCCCGUGAUGAGACCGACCACUGUGGUGUCAUCUGCGAAUUUGAUGAUUGUGUUUAAGGCGUGGAUGGGAGUGCAGUCGUAGAUGUAUAGAGCAUAUAGGAGUGGGCUCAGAAUGCAGCCUUGUGGGGAGCCAGUGCUGAGUGUGAUGGUGGAGGAGCUCUGGCAGCCAAUUUUAACAGUCUGAGGACAGUUGGUGAGAGAGUCUUUUAUCCAUGCACAGGUGGAUGGGGGAUUAUAAUCCAGAUUGUACAGCUUUUCCACUCGUCUGCCAGGGAUGAUUGUGUUGAAAGCUGACCUGUAAUGAAUAAAGAGCAACCUUACAUAGGAGCCGGGGUGUUCCAGGUGGCUCAGUGCAGUGUGGAGGGCUGUGUUGAUGGCAUCCUCAGUGGAUCUGUUUGCUCUAUAUGCAAAUUGGUAAGGGUCGAAGGUUGGAGGGAGGCAGUCUUUGAUGUGCUCUGCCACCAGCUUUUCAAAGCAUUUCAUUAGCAUGGAUGUGAGCGCUAUUGGUCUGUAGUCAUUAAGACUGUUGAUGGCUUGCUUCUUGGGGACAGAGAUAACAGCUGAUUUUAAGCAGGAUGGGACUGUGGUUUGUGACAGAGAAAGAUUUGAAAAUCUUUGUAAGGACCCCUGAGAGUUGGUCAGCGCAAGCUUUGAGUACCUUGCCGAGUACUCUGUCCGGUCCAGCAGCUUUCUUUUGGUUCACUGUCUUGAGCACACAUCUCACUUGGUGCUCCUGGAGAGUGAGUGUGAGGGACGUGGUAGACAGUGGGGGCAGUGUGACUGGGUAUGGUGGUGAUGUCUCAAACUGGGAAAAGAAAUGGUUGAGUUUUUCUGCCAGUGAGGAGUUAGCACUAACAGUCACAAGUGAACUGCUCUGAUAGGUUCUGAUCUACUGAAGUCCCUGCCACACCUGCCUUGGGUUGUUGUGUAUUAGGUGGUCCUCUAUUUUCCUCGUUGUCCUCCUUGGCUGCUUUGAUGCCUCUCCUUAGGUCAGCCCUUGUCAUGUUGUACUGAGCCCUGUCACCUGACCUGAAGGCAGAGUCGCAUGCUUUCAAUAGAGACUGUACCUCCCUCAUCAUCCAGGGUUUAAGGUUGGGAUAGACCUGGAUGCGUUUAUCAACCGUUACAUUAUCAGUGCAGGUUUUUAUAUUGUACAAAUUUAGGAAGCACUGACCUUAGGCAUGCUUGAUUAAAGUCCACAGCAAUGAUGUGCACCCCAUCUGGAUGAGCCCGUUUGUUUAUUUUGUCAUGCAGCAGGGCGAGAGCAGUGCUAACAUUAGCAUUCGGUGGAAUAUGUACGGCAGUAGCAAGUACAGCCGUGAGCUCUCUUGGGAGAUAGAAGGGUCUUCACAUCACAGACAUUGCCUCCAGGUCAGGAGAACGGUGGCUGAAUAUGAGCUUACAGUUUGUGCACCAGUCAUUGUAGAUACACAGGCCCCCUCCUCUGCUCUUACCUGAGUCUUCAUUUCUGUCAUGACAGUGGGUGGAGCGGCCUGCAAACUGAAUUGCAGCAUCCGGGAUCUGCAGGUAUAGCCGCGGAUCCCGUGAAGUGGGGAAGAUGCUUUGAACCAGGGGCUUAUGCGGUUGUUUUCUCAGUCGAGUCCAUAGGCCAGCUUGGCAACCUCGCUUUUGCUUCCAUUCCUUUCACUGUCUGUGUCUCCUCUCAGGCCUAGCUACAAUUCAUAUAGAUCCCGUUUCAAUAUUUAAUAUGUUGUCUUUGUACUAUUUUCAAUGAAAUAUAGAGUUUCCAUGAUUUGCAAAUUGUCACAUUCUGUUUUUAUUUGCAGUUUACACAGCGUCACAACUUUUUUGGACUUGGGGUUGUAUAUGGACACACACACACACACACACACACACAAAACUCAUAAGUUAAUCAAAAGAAUUUUCAUUUCGAACCGGUUCACCAUUUUGACAAUGCACAUCAAGUCAGCGGGAAAACACUGGAAAAUACAAGUGGUGUAUUUCCCAAUGAAACGUGUGUGUGUGUGUGUGUGUGUGUGUGUGUGUGUAAAAAAAAAUCUAAAUUAAAUACCAGGUCCAUACAGGAUGUAAGUGGAGUGCAAUGCAGACAGUGGACCAGGCUAUUAGCUGGUUAAAACUCCAAGAGAUUGCUGGGUUACCACAGUCAGGAAGGAUGGGGAGCCACAUCCAAAAUGUGGUCGAAGGCAAGGGAAAGGAGAGACCUCAUGAUCUCUGAAGUGCUGAAAAUGGAGGAGGAGUGCUACAAGAUCAGAGCUGUGAGUCAACACCAACAAGGUAGAUGGAGGCCAUUGUUAACAGGAACAUCAUGUGGGCUGACAUGUGGAGGAUGCGCCAAGCAAGGCUUGGCUUCCUCAUCAGGGCCAUGUACAACACCCUUCCAAGCCCCCAGAACUUACAUCUGUGGUAUGGAUCAGAGGAGAACUGCCACCUAUGCUCCUCCCAGAACCCAAGUCUGCAGCACAUCCUUUCUGGGUGCAAGACAGCACUAAUGCAGGGUUGGUACAGAUGGCCUCAUGAUCUAGUUCUGCGCAAGCUUGCAGAAACCCUGGAAACACGCAGACUGCAGGUAAAUAGGGCCAGCCCAACAACAACACAGUGGCAGAUCCAGUUUGUCAUGUGGGGGGAGUGGUCUCUCCUGUCACCUGGAGGUGAGUGGAGUAUGGCAGCUGACCUCAACUGCCAGUUGAAGUUCCCCAUCGAGAUCACCACAACCUCCUUAGGUCUGAUAUCAUCCUCUGGUCAAUUCCGACCAAACAGUUGGUCGAACUGUCCGACCCAUGGGAGGAGGGGAUAGAGGCUGCCUUUGAGAGGAAAAAGAAGAGGUACACAGAGCUGGCAGCUGUGUGUUCACAAGCUGGGUGGAGGGCUCUCAUCUACCCAGUUGAAAUUGGCUACAGAGGCUACACUGGAGUAUCCACCCCAAGAUGUUCCAGGAUUAAAGGAGCGAAAUAUCAGGGAAGGAUGGCUCCCGGCUGAUGACCCUGCAGCUGGUCCAACGGCACUGUCGGAGGUGCUUCAGGCAGAAAUGCCCAGCAGAUAUGGCCACUAAACCCUUCAGGCCAGAGGAAGCACGUAGGAUCAUGCGGUUUCUGCAUAGGCCAGCAGUUUUCCUCAACAUGACUGAUAACUGGCCAGCACGGGACUGGACUCUGGAACAUCUGGUAGUUCAUCUAGAAGAGCAGUCUGUGUGUUUUCGUAUUGGGAAACGGUGCAAUCAGAAAUCUCCUCUCUUUGAGACAGAGUGCUCAUAUGUUGAAGCAACUCUUGCGCAGUUUCUGUGUUGGACGAGGGGAAGUGACGCUGCAUCUGAAGGCCCAUUUGCUGAUUAUCCCCUUUCAGAGUACUGGGCUUAUGCAGACUACAAGUAUAUUGCGCUUCUUUUUCAGGACAAGGCCACCAUGUUUAAGGAUGUAGUGUGGUCUGACUUUGGCUAUCCAGGCCGUGAUGGAAGAGAGAGCACUCUUUGGGUUGGUACGAAUGGUGCCAACACUCCAUGUCACCUGGACUCCUAUGGAUGCAAUCUUGUCUUCCAAAUUCAAGGCAGAAAACGCUGGCAUCUCUUUCCUCCUGAUGAUACAGAAUGUAUGUACCCAACACGUAUACCAUAUGAGGAGUCCAGCGUGUUCAGUCAGGUCAACAUAAUACAUCCAGACAUGCGCCAAUUCCCUGCUUUCCGAAGAGCUAGAGCCCACUGUGUCACGCUGGAGCCGGGUCAGGUUCUUUUUGUCCCAAGACACUGGUGGCACUAUGUGGAAUCAGUAGACCCAGUAACUGUCAGUGUCAACUCAUGGAUUGAGAUGGAGGUGGAUGAUGAAACCCGAAUAGGAGAAGCUCUGAGCAAGACCAUUAUCUGUGCGCUAAAGACUAAACCAAGUGUAGAUAACAAAGACAACUGGCUCAAUCCUACUGAGGAUGGGAUCGCUACACAUGAUGAAAACAUGCAGUACUUGAAUCUAGCAGUGAAGGCUUACAUGAAUAAAAGGGGCUUACAUACUGAAGACCAGGCCAGAUGUGCAGAACAACCCAGUCCCUCAGCUUUGAAGCGGGAUUCUGGUGGUCAUUUGAAGGCCCAUGUCAUUGAACCCGUCACCUCUUUUUCAUUGCCCUAUGGACCGCACCUCAUCCCUGUCACUUGUCAUGCAGACACGUCUCAGAAAUCCACAGUGACAAACCUCAAAGAGACUUUCAUUUCAAAAGAUGAUGCGCUCUUUUACACGCAGAAAAGAGCAAAGCCCCUGCAUACAGAUAUACAUGGAAAAGAAGAGGCAAUCAGUAUACCAGAGCAGGAAGAUGAUGAUGGAAAUGCUGGUGCAACAUGUGGUCGAAUAUCCACCAAUGAUGUGCUGGACUGCCUGCUGCAUCCUGAUGUUAUUGCCCUUGUUACAAAGCUAAUGAUAGGCAGACAGAAAGAGUUUGACUAGACAACUCAGCAAGCAAUUUUAUACACUGUAUUAACUUUACACAUAAAAUAUUGAUGUCAAUAAAGACUUAAUUGCUAAUAAUUAUUAA